CGGCGCCUCUUCUUGAGGACUUGUUGUUUGCCUGCCUGGCGUUGCUAAGGAAGUCAAGAUGUAAUCAGCGGAGUACCAUGGGGCUUGUUUACAUCUAAAAUCAAGUCCGCCAAUAGGAUGAGCGAGCAUGGAGACAGCAUCGUCCCAUUUAACCCCACGGAUCUCAGGUCAGGAGAACCAGCCACCAAAACAGACAUUACUGUCCUGAGUGUAGACCUGAGGACAGAGGAGAGCCUUAAUGAGGAGCUCAGAGACAUUAAGAAGCCAUACGAUGGUCCCAAACUACUUCAGGAUGAGCAUAGUCUCUAUCAGCCUCGACCUCCCUCUCUUCCAAAGCCCAUGGGAUUGGGAAUGGGGGGUAAAAACCUCUCAUUUGAUGAAAAGGUGAGGGGAAGGAGAUUGAGGAACAGCCAGGAGAGCCUCACGGAUCCGGGAGAGACGGGUUCUUCUACUGAUUCCCUCAAAGAUGUUGCCUCAGCAAACGGUCAAAGCCUUGCAUCUCGACGUCCUCACGAUCUCCAGCACAUGGAGAUGCCACCGUUCAGGAUUAGGACCGGGAGCUUGUCCGAGACGGAUGUGUCUCCUCGUGAGCUUUGUGAUCCGAAUAAAGAGCGCAUGAAACCGUGCAGAAUCAUUCUGUCUCCGUUGCAGCCCACAGGCACGUAUCCUCUUCUGGAGAACAGCACCGCCUCUGCGUCUUUAAGGACAACUAAUAGGAUUGACAGGGAUUGUUUGGAUUACGGUGUGGUGGGGAGAAGGGGGCGGUCGGAGAGGCUUCACAGGAAUCUCAGCGAUAGCCGGCUGUUGGACACCAUGGUGUCAGACAAUACAUCUGUCCAUUCCAUGAAGUCCACAUAUAGCGUUCUGAACCCCAUCAGACCCCGGGAUGUGAGGAACAGGAGCUUUCUUGAGGGCAGUGUUUUGGGCAACGGUGCCUUGCUGGGGGCAGAAGAGCUUGACCGUUACUUCCCAGAGAGACGUCUCGGCAUCUACAUCGCCACAUGGAACAUGCAGGGAGAGAAGGGCCUUCCUUACAACUUAGAUGAUCUGUUGCUGCCAACUGACACUGACUUUGCACAGGACGUCUACGUUAUAGGGGUUCAGGAGGGCUGUCCUGAUAGGAGGGAGUGGGAGAUCCGUCUGCAGGAAACUCUUGGGCCGUAUUACGUGAUGCUGUAUGCGGCAGCCCAUGGAGUGCUCUAUCUCACUAUAUUUGUCAGAAGAGACCUCAUAUGGUUUUGUUCAGAGGUGGAACAUGCUACAGUCACAACCAGAAUUAUAUCUCAGAUUAAGACUAAAGGAGCAGUGGGCAUUGGUUUCACCUUCUUCGGGACGUCUUUCCUUUUUGUGACAUCCCAUUUCACCUCUGGAGAUUCCAAAGUAUAUGAGCGGAUCUUAGACUAUAACAAGAUCAUCGAAGCUUUGGCUCUUCCUAGAAACCUUCCUGAUACCAAUCCUUACCGCUCCACGUCCUCGGACGUCACAACCCGUUUUGAUGAAGUCUUCUGGUUUGGAGAUUUUAACUUCCGCCUGAAUAAAGCCAGAGGAGAUGUGGAGGCCAUUUUAAAUCAGGGGGUUGGCGUUGAUAUGAGCCCGUUAUUACAACAUGAUCAGCUGACGAAAGAGAUGAAGGAAGGAUCCAUUUUUAAAGGCUUUCAGGAAGCAUCUAUUCACUUUCCUCCGACUUACAAGUUUGACAUUGGCUGUGAUGUAUAUGACACUACGACAAAACAGAGAACACCUUCAUAUACCGACCGUAUUCUUUAUCGAAACAGACAAGCAGAUGACAUAAGGGUGGUCAAGUACACGUCUUGCUCAUCCAUUAAAACGUCAGAUCACCGGCCAGUCAUCGGCAUGUUUCAGGUCAAACUUCGGCCGGGUAGAGACAACAUUCCUCUGGGCGCUGGCCUGUUCGACAGGAGUCUGUACCUCGAAGGAAUCCGAAGGAGAAUCACCAGAGAGCUGAAAAAGAGAGAGGCAGUCAUGAAAAACCAGAACAACAGCACGGUCUGCACCAUAUCCUGAUCCGGGACCAGUGUGCGGCAGCCGUAGGGUGCUAAAACUGAUCAUUUUCAAACACGCCGAGUGACUCGGAAAGCUGGACUUUUAGGACCAAAGGAUAACUCGGUUCGCUGACACUAAAGUGCACAGCCAGUGGACCAAAACACUACAGCUGGUGUUGGAUUAAAUAUAUAAAAACAUGACUUUAUUCAUACGAGUUAAUCUUUAAAUUAUACUGACCAGAGUAAAGGAAGUUAACAGUACUGUACGCUCACUAUUUCUAAUUUGUUUCUUUGUAUUAUUUCAAAUUCUGGUUUUUAACUUGCGAGCCGAAACAGUCUGUGCUGUGUAUGGUUAUAAUUUAUGGUGUCUCAUGGCCUUAAAGGGACUGUACACUUAAAUAUGAAAAUUCUGUCAUUAUUUACUCAUAUUCUCAUUACCGUUUCUCUCUUCUUGUUUUGUGUUGAACAGAAGAAAGAAAUUCAUAAAAACAACUUGAGUUUGAGUAAAACAGUGAGGGGAAUUUUCAUUUUUGGACACACCGUCCCUUUAAAUGAUUACACUACCUGACAGAAGUCUUGUCGUCGAUCCCAGUUGUAAGAGCAACAAAUAAUAACUUGACUUCUAGUUGAUCAUUUGGAAAAGUGGCAGAAGGUAGAUUUUUCAGAUGAAUCAUUUGUUGAACUGCAUCUCAAUCACCACAAAUACUGCAGAAGACCUACUGGAACCUUCAUGAAUCCAACAGUCAUCAGUAAAGUUUGGUGAAGGAAAAAUCAUGGUUUGGGGUAACAUUCAGUAUGUGGUGUGCGAGAGAUCUGCAGAGUGGAUGGCAACAUCAACAGCCUGAGGUAUCAAGACAUUUGUGCAGCCCAUUACAUUACAAACCACAGGAGAGGGCAAAUUCUUCAGCAGGAUAGAUCUGCUCCUCAUACUUCAGCCUCCAGAUCAAAGUUCCUGAAAGCAAAGAAGGUCAAGGUGCUCCAGGAUUGGCCAGCCCAGUCACCAGAUAUAAACAUUAUUGAGCAUUGAAGAUGAAUCCAAAGAAUCUUGAUGAACUCUGGGAGUCCUGCAAGAAUGCUUUCUUUGCCAUUCCAGAUGACUUUAUUAAUAAGUGAUUUGAGCUCGGUCAAAACAGUCAAAAGGAGCCAAAACAGUGUAUUCUGUGUAUGGUUUCAAUUUAUAGCGUCUCAUGGCCUUGUUAAAGGGACAGUACACCCAAAUAUGAAAAUCAUAUACUCAUCCUCUUAUUACUCAGUUUCUCUCUUCUUGUUUUGUGUUGAACAGAAGAAAGAAAUUCAUAAAAACAACUUGAGUUUGAGUGAAACUGAGGAAAUUUUCAUUUUUGGAUGCACCGUCCCUUUAAAUGAUUACACUACCUGACAGAAGUCUUGUCGUCGAUCCCAGCAGCCUGAGGUAUCAAGACAUUUGUGCUGCUCAUUACAUUACAAACCACAGGAGAGAUCAAAUUCUUCAGCAAGAUAGCGCUCCUUCUCAUACUUCAGCCUCCACAUCAAAGUUCCUGAAAGCAAAGAAGCUCAAGGUGUUCCAGGAUUGGCCAGCCCAGUCACCAGACAUGAACAUUAUUGAGCUAAGAUGGAUGAGGCAUUGAAGAUGAACCCAAUGAAUCUUGAUGAACUCUGGGAGUCGUGCAUAAAGGCUUUCUUUGCCAUUCCAGAUGACUUUAUUAAUAAGUGAUUUGAGUCAUUGCAGAGAUGUAUGGAUGCAGUCCUCCAAGCUCAUGGGAGUCUCAAUAUUCAUUCUUUUUCCACUGCAGCAUGACUUUAUAUUCUAUUCUGGACAUUAUUUCUGUUAAGUGAAGAGACUUUUGUCUAAGCAAAGUCAGACCUUACUGUCUUAAUUAAAUAAUUCAAAGUCAAGGCAUGAUCAUUUGGUCAUUUUAUUUUGGUAAAUAAGCGUAAUCUAUAGGCCUUUGCCUUUCAUAUAAGCCACUGCUGAUACCAAGUGAUCAACUAGAAGUCAAGUUAUUAUUUGUUGUUCCUAAAACUUAGAUAGACAGCAAGACUUUUGUCAGGUAGUGUAUCUCGACUUGUAAUCUUUUACUGUAAACACUUAAUAAUAUCGGGUAGAUCGUCCUGCUCGCUUUAUUGGCUCCUGGGACUCACUUUUAAACUCGUAUCUAACAGUGUACAUACGUCUUUCUAAAGGGAAUUGUACUGUAGCAUCAUUACCAGCAACAUGAGAGAGAUUUUAGUGUUAUUUAUUGAUCGGCAAUGAAUGUGGCAUCAUGCAGAGAAGGUGACCUCGUCAGCAAAACAAAAAGCGAGGUGGCACAGACUAUACUUGAGUUUACUGCCUUAACUUCAACAUUAUUCAGCUUCUAGGAGCAGGAAUGGCCAUAGAGUUGGUGUGGUUUUUCGCAUGGAUCUCAGUGACUGUGGUGUAACAGUAAGUCACACAUUCUCAUCAUGAACUUCAGUUCUGUUUGUACUGAAAGUGCCUGCGAUCUUGCUCAUGAUUGCCUCAGUGACUUUAAAUAUAUCCUGUUGUUUAAAACCAAAUAAUAGCCUGUUACCAAUACUUGUUUACAAUGUAAAGUAAU